AUGGCUCAACCAAAGCGAUGGGCAUCCGUGGACCAAUCCCCGUCACGUUUGUACGCUUUCGAAGACCCGAAGGUCUCUAACCCUGGAUGUCUGCCCUCGUUAAACGGUACACAAUUUUCCACGUUCGGUGAUUCGGCCGAUCGGGAUCCGGCAUAUGGUGGAUCGUUGCAUAACACAUUUCUUCCAGCACGGUAUUCGGCAAUGGAUGCAUAUCCGACACGUACAGACAAUCUGUGGUCGGAAGACGCUAAUCGAUUUGCCACUCUACCACGUCAUUACAGUCUACGCCGAGUGACCUCAGAAUUAGGUCGUCCAGAUACGUUACCGUCAUCAGCCNCGCAAUACACAAAUCUGCCCCGGCUAACCACCAGUUCAUUUGGUCCCCCAGUGUCUGACGCAAUGAUUGACCACUAUUUACGCCCUAGUGUACUUUUCGGUAACGGAUUGACAGAGGCUUCCAAUCCACCACCUAUCCUCAGUCCACUGAUGUCACCACGACCAGGAGUGGAUGGUUUGCAACAUAUUUACCCGUCUAUGUGUUCCCGAGCCCCAUCCACGAACAGCGCGUGUUGUAUGAAUAAUUUUGAACCGCUUACAAAUUCGGUUAUCUAUGGAUCAAUACCGGUAGCGCGAGACUCAAUCCAUACACUAGUACCAUCCACAUUGCCAGUGACCGCGGUGGGGAUGGGUCUGACCGCAAUCGGAACGUCUGAGCCACUUGCGGAUAUGGCGGCCCAUACGAGCACAUUGAAUAAUACAUUACCACCACCACCACCAUCCGAAUUUGCCGAUACCUUUCUGAAAUCAGAGUGCUAA